CCACGAUCAGCAUUUGUUCCCAACUUGAUAUCCCCAGGUAGGCACGGGGUGACUCCAUGAUAUACUUCCUCCACAAUGGAUUGCAAGCAGGACAAACGCAGUGCGUGUGCCCUGGCUAGCAAGCCGUCCUCUGCCUUCUCCGCCAUCUCGUCCGCCGCGUCAGCCACGUCAGCCGGAACGUCGCGCAGUGGUGGAAGCAGGCUAUUGUUUGGAGAGAUCGAUACCAGCAGCGAUCGAUCUAUCGAGAGCUAUGCAUCGGUCUGCAGCUUCGUCUUGUGCGAUAGUAGCACCUUUCUCAAGUUCUGGCUCGAGGAUAAGUGUCGGGACCGGCUUCUCGCAUUCAUGCCGAAGCAGGACCUGGGGAAUCUACGACUCGCCUGUCAUGACUUUAGCAUACGAGCAGCGCCGGCGCUGUUUUCCGACCUGAGCAUCACAUUCAGGACGAACACCUUCACAAAGCCCUCGAAGCUGCUCGCGCUGGACCGGCUGGGAUUCUACGUCAAGACACUUCGCUUCACUCUGCCGCACAACCAGGAAACUUUUCUUCCUCCUCUGAUUGAACCUGAGACAGGAGCCGAGCUCAGCUUUACUUACACCCCUCAGAUCCAGGAACAUUCGAGCAAGCGUCCAAAGUAUGGAGACGCAGGCACCACGCAGAUUCUGUCUCGACAGUAUCCUGCUCUGUUCCAUGCGGCGACAAAUGUGCCUGCCUUUAUACGUGCUUUUUCCGCCUUCAUCAAUCUUGAACAUCUCGCCAUCAGCUGCCCUGGAUACGACUCCUCACUCAGGUACAGGAAGAGCAUAGUCGAUUACGGACUGAUUUCACUCCGAAUCGCCAUCGAGAUGAAUUCGCUGAACGCCCUGCACGCGCUCACAAUCUCGCCGAUACAUCCUGGAGGUCUGCUAUCACUGUCGCCCAUCAUUGGCUUCGGCGCCUCACCUCGAUCGGCGAGCCGAUGGGGCCGCAUUCGCACACUGGUCAUAGUUGCGGAAAGCAUACCCCACACCGCUGGCGCGCAGGAACCCGAUCAAUUCAAACUUCUCCAAACGUACCUUCGCAACUUUCAGAGCCGUCUUGAGGUCCUCAGCUUUCGCUGGAUCGGACAGAAAGGCGAGCUCCCUGUCGCGCGACCGCCUAUAGCAACAACGGCAUUCUUCGGACAGCAUCCAGCUAACCAAGUGGCCGCAUCGAAAGCACUGCGGCCACUGAACUUCCCUCGACUGAAGCAUAUGGAGGUUCACAAUGUUGCGACGGGUGCAGCGACAAUCAGUGGUUUUGUGGCCGCUCACAAGGUCACACUAAAGGAGCUCAAAUUCGAGGGCGUCGAAUUGUUGCAAGGCACAUGGGACGACGCGCUCGCAUCAAUGACGAAAAGGUCUCGACGGCUUCCCAGGAACGAUAUUGCAGAGAUACCCAUCAUGUUAUCGCCCAGUGCAGGCGCAAGGUCAUUCCCAGCACCACUGGAACGUGUCGAGGCGGAGCACUAUGAUGCCGAUGGGCAGAAAAGCGUCCGCAUGGCGGAAUGGUUGUCGUCGAAGCGGAAGACGACGACUGUGCCGAAAAAGCUACGAGAUGGACUGCUUGGAUGUGAAGAGCAGCUGAGAAAGGUUCUGCGAGGCAGUGCUUUUCCAUGGGGUUGAAGCUGCGGUAAUGAACGAACAUGAUGAUGAUGACGACGAUGAAAUGCCCAUAUGUGAUGAUGUCUGCUGUGCUCGUUGUAGAUUCCCGCUGCAGCAGCCCAUGAAUAUUAUUACUCUUGUGUUUCUCAAACACUGGUCACUGAUCACUCACUGGGACAAGGAUCAAAAAAAAUUCUAUAGAACGCUGUGAUCAUGACUUGCACGGGCGUCGCUACCGAGCCGACGUCCGUUCACAGUCCGCCAGCUGGCACCGUCACUAACACAGUCUUUCAACAUUGCGAUCUCCAACCACAUAUGCACUACCAUCAACCACGUCGCGAUGAUGACGCACUCGCGAGCUGGGCGAUGAUGAAUUGUGUAUUGAGCCAAGGUCAUGCCAAGUUUCCCGCAAGGCGGAGAGAGUGGACAGAUUGGGAGCGUGAAGCGGUAUAGAUGCACUGUUGGG